CGGCUCUAUUCGAAGGUGUGGUUUAUUCGUCUGAACAGGCGAAGUGAAAAGAAUCUUUAGAUAUUUGGGGAAUACUGGGUUUUUAUUCACCAAUCGACCUUCCUUCGUCGAGGGAACAAAGAGAUGGCAGCCAUUAGGAAGAAGUUAGUGAUUGUUGGUGAUGGUGCAUGUGGUAAAACUUGCUUGCUCAUUGUUUUUUCAAAGGAUCAGUUUCCAGAGGUAUAUGUACCAACAGUGUUCGAAAAUUAUGUAGCCGACAUUGAAGUCGAUGGGAAAACCGUAGAAUUGGCCUUAUGGGACACAGCUGGCCAAGAAGAUUAUGAUCGCCUGCGUCCACUUUCCUAUCCUGAUACCGAUGUCAUAUUGAUGUGUUUUUCGAUUGAUAGUCCGGAUAGUUUAGAGAAUAUACCUGAAAAAUGGACUCCAGAAGUUAAGCACUUCUGCCCUAAUGUUCCAAUAAUCUUAGUUGGGAACAAAAAAGAUCUUCGCAAUGAUGAAAAUACCAAACGAGAGCUUGCCAAGAUGAAACAAGAGCCUGUGAAAAGCGAAGAUGGUCGCAACAUGGCUGAGCGCAUUAACGCCUUUGCUUACCUUGAAUGCUCUGCUAAAACUAAGGAGGGUGUAAGAGAGGUUUUUGAAACAGCAACACGAGCCGCUCUCCAGGUGAAAAAGAAGAAGAGGAAAGGAUGUAUGAUCCUUUGAGCUGGACUCCUUCCUUAUGAACAAUCGAACACAAACUGUACUUCGUUAAACUGUUUUUUCCAUCACCGCAGACUUCUGUGGCCGAGAGACGAAUGUGAUACAACACUACUAAUGAAACGUAGGUUUUUUGUAUAAAAUUUAAUGAUUGAAAUUCACAAGUAUUGUUAAUAGUCAACCUCACUAUGUUUGCAGACAACAAACAUUUGCAAAACCUGGUUUUGUAAAUGUACACUGAUUCUGUAUGUAAAACUUGUAUGGAAAUGCAGUUGAGCCUGGCAUAAAUAUUUUGUGUGUGUUAGGAUCUCUUAAUGUAGAAAUAGUGUACCAAGGUUAAUUUGCAAUAUCUUGAGUUAUUUGGAAUGCAAAACAUCACCAGUUUAAAACAUAAGAAAGAAGCAACUAUUUUUACUGGAUUAUUUACUUUGUUCUUUGAAGGGUGCAAUGUGCCUUAAUAUUAUCCUGAAUAAUUCUAUUAUUGAAUAAAAAAAUUUCAUUCAUUACUAUUGCAGUUGACAAUUAACAGCAGUUGGUAAUUGUUACUAGUUUAGCAAUUUCUAAUAAACAUUAGCUGUAUUUUUUGUGAAUGCCAAGUGCUAAAUCUCAUACAAAUUCCCUACAUGCAUAUCAGUUUUUGUUUGUCUGUCUAUUGGAACUGUUUUUUGCCUACAUUAAUAUAGUAAUUUAUAGUCUGAACAUUGGGAUGUUUGAAUGUGCAUUUGCAUUAAAUUUGAUAGUUCUAUGUCCUUUGUUAAUUAUAACAAGUUAGAUAUAACAAUUUAAUUUUACAAAGAGUUGAUCAAGUGUUGCUUUUUUGUCAUACAGGUUUUCAAACAUGAUUAGAAGUAGUGAAAAUAAAGAUGAACACUAACUUUAUCUUA